GGAAGGCCGCAUAUAUAUACAUACAUAUAUAUCCACCUGUGCUUAUGCUGCCUUGAGUGAUCACUUAGCAGUAGGAUUAGCAUAGGGAGUGUGUGUAGUUAGUUGAUUAGAGGUGAGGUGAGGUGGAACGAAGAUGUUGGCGGUGUUCGGCGGCGAGGUGGUGGGGGUGCCGGCGGAGCUGGUGGCGGCGGGCAGCCGGACGCCGUCCCCCAAGACGCGGGCGUCGGAGCUGGUGAGCCGCUUUCUGGGCGGCGCCGGCGCCGAGCCGGCCGUGUCGCUGCAGCUGGGCGCCCUCGGCACCCUCGCCUACUCCCACGCCAGCCAGCCGCUCCUCCGUCCGAGGUCGUUUGCUGCGAAGGACGAGAUCUUCUGCCUGUUCGAGGGGUUGCUGGACAACCUGGGCCGGCUGGGGCAGCAGUACGGGCUGUGCAAGGUCGCCAACGAGGCGGUCCUCGCCAUCGAGGCCUACAAGACUCUGCGCGACCGGGGGCCAUACCCGGCCAGCUUCAUGCUCUCGCAGCUCGCCGGCGGCUACGCCUUCGUCCUCUUCGACAAGUCCACCUCCUCCCUGCUCGUCGCAUCCGAUCCCGAGGGCAAGGUGCCGUUCUACUGGGGGAUCACUGCUGAUGGAUGCGUCGCCUUCUCUGACGACGUCGACAUGCUCAAAGGGUCCUGUGGCAAGUCCCUCGCGCCUUUUCCGCAGGGUUGCUUCUACUCUAACACUCUUGGAGGCUUGAAGUGCUAUGAGAACCCCAAGAACAAGGUGACUGCUGUUCCUGCAGACGAGGAAGAAAUCUGUGGUGCGACUUUCCAGGUGGAAGCCUCUACAAUCCUCUCAGCACUGCAUUAGGAGAUUUCAGUCUGGGUUUGUGGUUCAAGCUUCAGGCUCUACACGGUGGUGUAACAUAAUGGCAAGGCAUGCAGCUGAUCUGUACAUCUUCUAUAAAAGGAGAAGUGAAGCCAACAUGGCAAGCACUUCCGUGCUGUAUGUUGUGUGUCAUGACUAUGAAGUUUUGUAAUCUUCAGCGAAUAAGCGGUUCUCACUGUCACUAUGAGGCUAUCUGAUGCGUGUAGAUAGUUGCUGCUGAUUUUACAUCAGACCAUGAAAGAAAAACAAAUAGUCCAAAUAGGUUCCUUGCCACUUA